AUGGAGUGUGAUCCGGGGGGGUUUGGUUUGGGGGAUGAUUUUGAUGAGAUGAUCCGUAAUUCAUAUAAAAAUGACAUUGACACCAGUGGUAAAAAUCAGAUGACCAAAGAUGCAAUUAAUUUUUAUAGGCUAGUCGAGGAGGGCAAACAACCUUUGUAUCCGGGGUCGAAAACUUUUACUCGUUUAGGUUUUGUAGUUAAGCUUUACAUGUUGAAGUGCACUUGUGGAUUUACCGAGUCAGCCUUUAGUGCAAUACUUGAGCUGAUAAAAGAGGCCUUCCCCGAGUCAAAUUUGCCUCCUUCUUUUAGUGCUGCGAAGGGGAUGAUUAAAGAAUUAGGCCUUGAUUAUGAGAAGAUACAUGCAUGUCCUAACGAUUGCAUGCUAUAUUGGGCUAAAAAUAAAGAUGAAAAUAUUUGCAAAGUGUGUGGAGUUUCAAGAUGGAAAGCUGUAGAUAAUGAUAAAACUGAUAUAUUAGAGAAGGAUGAUAGGAAAAAAUAUAAAGUCCCUGCCAAAGUUCCUGGUAAUGAAAUAGAUGUGUAUUUGCAGCCACUUACAGCUGAGUUGAAAGAGUUGUGGGAAACUGGUAUAGAAACAUAUGAUGCCCACUUUAACAACACUUUUACCUUGCAUGCCAGCCUAUUAUGGACAAUAAGUGAUUUUCCGGGGUAUGGGGUUUUAUCGGGUUGGAGCACAAAGGGAUACCUUGGUUGUCCCGAAUGUCACUAUGAAACAUCAUCAACCUAUUUGAAGCACAGCCGUAAAGUUUGCUACAUGAGCCACAGAAAAUUCCUACCUCCUGAUCACAAGUUUAGAUUGGACACCAAAAGGUUUAAUGGGGAAGUUGAAACAAAUCUUUGUCCAGAACCUUUAUCCGGAAAUUUCAUUAUUAAACUUCUGGGUAAAUUUAGGAAUAAUUUUGGAAAGAUGAAGGAGAAAAACAUCGUCGAUAAAAUCUUAGGAACUUUGUUAAACAUUGGGGGCAGAACAAACGACCAUCUAAAUGCUCGUCUAGAUUUGCAGGAGAUGGGGAUUCGUAAGAUUCUUCAUCCUGUGAAAUCUGCUGAUAACAGUCACUUUGAAAUUAUGGCAGCUUGUUUUGACAUGACCAAAAAAGAAAAAGAAGACUUCUGUUCAGUGCUGAUGAAUGCUAGACUGCCAUAUGGAUGUGCAUCUAAUAUUAGCCGGUGUGUGCAACUGAAUGAAAGAAAAAUUUCUGGUUAUAAAAGUCAUGAUGCACACUUUAUUCUUCAAUACCUACUUCAGUUUGCUGCCAUCAAAACCUUAAAACCAGAUGUCGCGAUACCUUUGAUUCGACUUGGUUCCUUCUUUAGGGGCAUAUGUGGAAAAGUUAUACAGUUAGAAGAUGUAGAGAAGUUGCAAAACGAAAUCAUCGAAAUACUUUGCCAGCUUGAAACUAUCUUUCCCCCGGCAUUCUUUGAUAUUAUGGUUCAUCUUCCAAUUCAUUUAUGUAAAGAAAUUGAAUUUGGAGGACCUGUGCACCUUAGAUGGAUGUUUGGGAUUGAAAGAUAUUUGAGUAAAUUGAAGUCAUAUGUUCGUAAUAGGAGCAAACCAGAAGGCUGCAUAGCUGAAGGGUACAUGGUUGAAGAAUGCCUAACAUUUUGUUCUAGAUUCUUAACUGAUGAUAGCAAAAACAAAAUGAACUAUGUGAAUUCAAAUGUUGGAAUUUAUAUUGGUUCAAGGCGAAACAAGGAUGGAAAACCUAUACAUUUGGCAGAAAAGAUAUGGAUUAAUGCUCAUCGAUACGUAUUGUUCAACAGCGGCAACAUGGAAAUAGAGCAGCUAAUAGCUUUGUCAAAGGGGCCUCAACGAGCAGCAAGAAAAUUUAGUGGUUAUAUAAUAAACGGAUUUAGAUUCCAUACAAAACAAAGAGACGGGAAGUGUACGACACAAAACAAUGGAGUUUAUUUGACGGCGCAGACUACUAGUUUUACUAGUACAAAAGACAAAAACCCCAUUGUUGCUGAUGUUAGUUACUAUAAAGCCAUUGAAGAAAUUAUAGAGAUUGAUUAUUGGGGAUCAUUGUCAGUAGUUCUGUUUAGAUGCAUUUGGUACCAAAACGAUAAAGACUGUCAUGGGUUGACAAGGGUCAACUUUAACAGAAUUUAUCAAAAAGAUGACCCAUCUGUUUUAGCUACACAAGUACAACAAGUUUUCUACAUUCAAGAUUGUUCUGAAAAGAACUUGUAUUUUGUUGUUAAAAAACUGCCAAGGGACUACAAUGAUGUGGAAGACGAAAGUGAUCCACUUGAAGAAGUUAGUGGACCUACAGUGCAGCAAGAACUAAUCUUUUCAGUAAAUACCCUACCUGAUGAUGAUAGUUGGUACAGAGAUGAUGUGCCGAAUAGACAAAUUCCGGUUACGCCAAGUGAAAUGGAAGAAAAUGAUGAAAUCUUCGAAUGA